AAUUCUGUCUGAUGGGUGUCCAGACAUCUCCCUUUUCCAGCUAAUAGCUUCACUAUGAAAAUCCAAUUCAUCCUCAAUCAUUGCUAAGAUGUUUAAAAAAAAAAAAAAUUAUAUACAACUCCAUCGAAUCAAACGUGCCAUUUUAUCAUGAUUCAAGUGAAGUCGGCCUGCGAUGAUCGGAUUGUUUUUAAACGUUAUCGUAUCCGUACUGAGACUCCACAUUUGCAUAUUUCCAGCUCGUGCAGCCUCGACACAUUCACUGUUCUGCUGCCGUGUGAGCGUAAAAGGUGUGUGAGUGUGUGUGUGUGUGCGUGCACAGACCCAGGCAGCAGCAGCAGCAGCAGCAGCAGCUACCCCUUGCCCCCACCCAUCUCAUUAAUAUAUCCAACCGUGCUGUGGAGCUUCCCCCAGGACUACACCGACCAGGAGGUGCUUCAGACGAUACCAAAGUUCUGCUUUCCCUUUGACAUGGAAAGAGUGUCCCAGAGUCACGUUGGACAGAACUUCACCUUUGUGCUGACGGAUAUCGACGGGAAGCAGAGGUUCGGGUUCUGUCGUCUCACUCAAGCUUGCAAAGUCUGCAUUUGUCUUCUCAGUUAUCUCCCAUGGUUUGAGAUCUACUACAAGCUGUUGAACACCCUUGCAGACUACCUAACAAGACAACAGAAUAACGACUUGAAUGACAUGCUGAACUCUCUCUAUGAACUUCCCGUGCCAAAGCCCUUCACGCCAGUCAACCUGAGUGUGAAUGAGCAGUUGUAUAUUGCCACUGGGCAAGUACUGAGAGAUCGGCCAAGCAAGGAACCGCACUCCUACUUCAUCGCCCCGGAUAUCAAUGGCCUGCCAACUAUCCCAGAGAGCAGAAACCUGACGGAAUACUUUGUGGCCGUGGAUAUCAACAACAUGCUGCAACUGUACAGCAGUAUGCUUCACGAGCGGCGCAUCAUCAUUACCUCAAGCAAGCUGAGCACUUUAACGGCGUGCGUGCACGGUGCAGCUGCUUUGCUCUUUCCAAUGUACUGGCAGCACAUCUUCAUCCCUGUGCUGCCCCCGCAUCUUCUGGACUAUUGCUGUGCCCCAAUGCCAUACUUUGUGGGAGUUCAUUUUAGUCUGCUGGAGAGAGUACGCGCUCGGUCCCUGGAGGAUGUGGUCAUCCUGAACGUGGACACUAACACACUGGAGAGUCCCUUUGACGAUCUGCAUAACCUUCCGGGUGACGUGGUGUACUCUUUGAAGGCCAAGCUCAAGAAGCAAUCAACGGCAACGGGAAGCGGCGUGGCCAGGGCCUUCCUGAGAGCGCAGGCCGCUCUCUUCGGCUCCUACAGGGACGCGCUCCGAUAUAAACCCGGGGAGCCGAUAACAUUCUGCGAGGAGAGCUUUGUGAGCCAUCGCUCAAGCACCAUGAGAAACUUUCUGUCCAUGGCUGUCAACCUGCAGCUCUUCAAACAGUUCAUCGACGGACGGCUGGCCAAAUUGAACGCAGGCCGCGGCUUCAGCGACGUGUUUGAAGAAGAGAUCACAGAAGGGGGCUUUUGUGGAAGUAACGCAAAGUCCUACCAACAGUGGAUGCAUACUGUCAAGAGGGGAGGAGCGCUCAUCAAUACAGCCGUGAUAAAGGCCAAAAGUCACGCCAAGAGGGGCAUCCGGGACAUUAAGGGACGACUUAAAGCCCGGGAGGACGAGGAGGAAGGCAUGACAGUCUGUGCCGGCUCCCCCACUAGUACCAAGAGCCUGUCUCCAAGGCGACUGCAAAGGAUGAGACGGCAAAACUUCAACAAGUCUCCCAUGAGCAUGGGCCCUCGAGAGCUCGGCUACGGGCUUGAUGAUGACGAGCUGGACAGUGCGAGCAAGAUCUCAUCCGAGGACAGCGGCGAUGUCCCGUCAUACACGGAGGAGGACAGCGAUGACUCGUACUCCUUGGAACUGGACAUGGACCCCUCUCAAUCAGGCAAGAUGAACCUGCUGGAGGAGAUCCUGGACUCUCUGAACACCACCACCUUGGAGCAAGGCAAGCUCAGUGCAGCCAAGAGCCUGGACUUCUUCAGGUCCAUGGAGGACAUGGACUACCAAGCCCCGAGUAAGGUAAACGCCUCGGAGCCGUCAGAGGAAAGGGCUUGCGAUGGAGGGGGGGAGCAGGGGGGGUGGAACAUGGGUCAGGAUGAUAGCGCGGUCCACGGGAAGCACCUCCCCCCGUCCCCACGCAGACAGCCCACCAAGAGCAGCCUGAAGAAACCCCCCGUGCCUCCUGUGCCUGCCACACAAGAGCAACCCGGUCCACGUCCUCUACCUCCGGGGAGACAAGCGCGAGACCGCUUCUCCGCCUCGCCGUCAGCAUCUCGCCCAAUUACAGCGCCGUCGCCGACUUUGUCUCACGCCGCUUCGCUUCCCAGCUCUUCCCCGCUGCCGGCGGCCCGCCCUCGGACCGUUUCCGAGCCCCAAAGCAGCACCGAGCCCGCUCCGGCUCAGAACCCGACGGGCUCCACCGGCAUCUUGAGGAGAAAAGUGCUCUCCAAGGAGACGGUGAAGCACUAUAAGGAGAAGUCUUUGCAGAGGGAGAGCAGGGCCAGAAAUUCUGUGCAGGUCCCCUGGGAGAAAGACAACACGGAGGAACCCCCGGGUCCGGUUCACGCAAAAAGCCUGGGGGCGUCCAUGGAGGAUCGAGGCCUCCUGGAGGAAAUCGAGUCCAUGUGCUGCGUCGGACCGGUCCUCCACAGCGGCCUGCAGCUCUCGCAGGUUCACUGCAACAAUAGCCACCAGGGCAAAGCCGCAGAGCACUCGUAACUUUUUCAGCGGGAAGAAUUAGCGAGAAAUGUGAGGACGGGACCUGGAGGUGAAAGAAACUGCUAGAGAAGAUCUUAUCCAGGGACUGGUUUCUACAACUGAUGCAAGAAGUAAAAACACAUUGGCAAUACGCUACAGGUGCAUCUCAAUCAAAUGGUGGAAGAUGUCAUUUCUAUUCAUGGUUGUACCUCACAGCUCAUGAAAACCAAAAUUUUAAUCCACGUUUUGAAUUCAACUAUUCAAAAUGUUCUACCGUGUUCGAAUUGAGAUGCACCUGUCAAUGGACAAAAGUAUUGGGACACAAUGACAGCCACAUGGUCUCGGCAGUCCAAUCUUCGAUCGAUCAAUUAGGAGGCGUGUCCCAAGACUUUUGUCCGUAUAAUCUCCUGCAAAUUGCACAUUUUUCUUUUGAGUAACAAGAAAGAAAAAAAAAUGAUGACACCAGGAAUGCCAACUUUGAGAGUAGCGCUCACGUUGCAUUUUUCACAUUCCAGAAAAGAUGUCUCCAAACGGGACGGACAACGUCCCGUCCCAUCGUCAUGUCAAAGGUCGUCACGUUUCAGAUGAACAAAUCGAGCCCCCCCCCCCUCCCCCACAAGUAUUUCAAGUAAUAUCAAGAAAAUGAAAAUCAGCGAGCCUUGGUAAGCACCCUUUCUUUGUCACCAUGCCUUAAGCGGACUUGUGAUGUGUUCAUCUCCGGAGAGCCUCGUAGGUACUCAAUGGUGCGUGACAUCUCUCAGACGUGAUGGGUACUUUAAGCGUCUUUGUGUGGACGGGCGGAAUACCGACUAGAUGAUGUGCUUUAAGCUGCUCGUCAAAGUUGCAUUCCAGAUAAUCAACUGCGCAUGGAGACGCUCACAAGGGACGUCCAUGUGAAGAAGAACUUUUUAUUUUUAGAACCUUUUUCAUCCUGCACCAUGUCGCUUGCACUCUACUUAUUGGCGUGUCUUCCAUUUUUGUGUUGUUCCCAUUUCCUAUCCCGUUAGUUGCAUUUUCUUCAGUGCCCGUGUACUAGUACGAUCGUUGCACUAGUAGAACGACUUGGACGCACUAGUCAAGUUUUGUUCUACUACUAUGUGACAUUUCUGUCCUCAAGUAGAGCAAAUGUGGCAUAUUAGUAGAAUAUAUUAAUACACACCGUAGCUCAUAGUUGUCAACUAGUGCCGUUUUUCCUCACUAGUAACAUGUAACUGUCCUACUAGUAUGCCAACGCCAAUUUUUUCCCAGCAGCCACUGCCUUCUGCACACAAAUAGGGCAACUACAAAAAACAACUAGUGCAGUAAAAGUUUGCACUAGUGGACAUCUGCAUGCUACUAAUACCACUGAAGCACUAGUGGCACACAGUUGUUAACUCAUGCAGACUUUUGCCUCACUAGUUGAGCGCACUAGUAGACCAAUUAAGUUGCGCUAGUAGAUGUCUUUCCUUUUCUUUACCACUGCCUUCCACGACUGUAUAACAUGUAUGCUCACUAGUUGAGCAACUUUGGCAUACUAGUAAAACAACGGCAUGGUGCAGGGGGCUACUAGUGUAUGUGACAAAGAGCAUACUAGUACACGACGGCUCCGACAGCUUCCAGUCGCACACUGAUGAUAGCGUGUUUGAUUGUACUGCAGCUCAGAGCAUACCACCUCCAUGGAAGGUGGAGAGUCUGACUCCCCCCCCCCCCCCCCCCCCCCUCGAGCUUGGUAUGAUGCUAUUCCCGUUCAUGUGAUUUCAACCAGACGCCAGCCAGCCUGGCACUUUAACAGCGGCCAUUUCUCAGAUUGCCGCCGCUGCCCCGUUAACGCUUUGCUCGUAAAGUGGCUGGCGGGCGGGCAUGGAAACGAGCAGACCUCGUAACUCCCAUGAAAAAAAGUCGAAAUCCAGAGUCAAGCUCACAGCGGCGGCGGCGGCGGCGGCCCUACUCACUGACACACGUUCAAACACAUCGUGACUAUGCAAACAUUUCCAAAAAAAACUGAAAAGGUCAUACUUUUGACUACUUGAAGGAAAAAAAAGAACAAUCAAAUUAGUUUCUAAUGGGAAUAAGCCACAUGUCGAGCGUGUGCGUUUGUGUGUGGUGUGCCUUAUUAUAAUAAUAAGAAUAAUACAAGAGUAUACCUGGUACAGUAUUAAAGCACGCUAGGAGUAUGCAAUGUGGAAAUCAUCAUAUGCUCCUUUGAUUGUUUCAUGAGUGAAAGUAGUUUGAACCAAAUGACCUGGAAUGAACUCAGGUGAUAUUUUUCUGACAGGAGGAAGCUCCUGGCGUUUUAUUUGAUUUAGUUUUGUUUUUUUACUUUUGCUAGAUAGACAUCUUUUUCAUUUUCUUUAUUCCAUUAGUUUACUUUUUUUUUUUUAGCAAAUUAGCUUCGUUUUUUUUUUUUUGUCAACAAUAACUAAAAAAACGCAUUUAAAAAGCUUUCUCAGAGGUCUUCAUUUCAAAACUAAAAAAAUAUUUUCAGCUCACUAGACAUGUAUUUUUUUCUUGAGUAUAUUUUACAGAAAUAAUAUAUAAUUGGUGUUAUAUGUUGUAAAUAACACCCAAUUUGAAUGUUUUAGAUAUUAUUUUUUAAAAUUAAAAAAAGAAACGAUAAUAUAAGAUAUACCGCCCUAAAUCCUCACUCUCAUUUCUGCCCGCAUGUUCGGACUCGGUUCUUAUUCGCUUGACAGAUUGUGGUUCAUUCAUAAUUAUUGAUAUUUAUCUAAAUAUUUAGCAAGUCAAUCAAAAAAAAAAAAAGAAUGACGCAAAUAUGUUGCUUUUGCCUUGCGUCGGAUUGCGUUAUAAUAUUUAACAUCAUCUGCCUUGUAGGAGAAGCUAUUUUUUACAUUUAUUGACUGCUGUAAAUAAACCACGGAGAAAAAAAAAAAUCAUAACUACUGCUGUGAGUAAGAUGAAAAAUAAUGGUGAGUGUUUACACUAAUGCUGUACAAUGACGACCACAACAGUAGUGUGGAGGAGUUGACCUUUCCAAAAAUUUCGCAAGAGAGCAACCUCUUUGGUGCUUGCCGCAAUUUCUGCCAGCGGCCGAAAUUGUGUAGCAUUAAUGAAUGCAGACGGAAACAUUUCAUAAUGUAGUUUAACCUCAUUUUGCAUACAUCUCAAAUGCAACAUGUGUGCGGUAGCAGUAUCGACAUGAAUCACUUCUCGUACCUUUUUGAUUCCGUGCAUGUUCUUGUUGUGGAGAAAAGAGCAGAGGUCAGUCUGAGGAGGCUUUUUUUUUUCUUCCAUGACAAACCUGGUACAACUGCACAUCUUGUAUGCACUGUGAAAUGGAAAUAAAUACGCUUUCAUGUAA